ACCCCUGUACAUCCCCAGCCUCCUCCAGCCGCCUGCCCAGCCCGCACUGACUCCGGCUCUCUCCCCCUCUCCGGAGUUUCCGUUUCCUGCCUCCUCCUCCUCCAACUACCGGAGACUCCUCACCGAGCCGGGCGGGACAGGCGAUCCAAUCACAGGCCGGCCCCCGGGCCGCACCGUCCGGAAGGAUGAGUAUAUUACACGAAGUGUGGUGCCCAGCAUGAACAAAUGGAGCCAGUCAAAUCAAAAGCCGAUCAUCAGGAUAAUGCAGGUUCCAAAUCCAGAUCAAAUAACAAGCUGAACAGUCGGCACUAUAUUCUCAAGUGAAUAAGGAGACCUCCCUCUCCAUCGCCAUGGCCUGCGGCUUGCAGUGGCACCUCGUUCUGCUAAACUUCAUGACUUGUGGCCUUGAAAUCUGCGUGGCAGCUGGGAUCACCUAUGUUCCCCCAUUACUUCUGGAAGCUGGUGUGGAAGAGCAGUACAUGACCAUGGUCUUGGGUAUUGGCCCCGUCCUUGGUUUAUUCCUUGUGCCCCUUAUUGGCUCGGCUAGUGAUAACUGCCAAAGCAACUAUGGCAGAAGACGUCCAUUCAUCUGGAUAUUAUCCCUCGGUGUUCUCCUUUCACUCUUCAUCAUACCACAUGCUGACUCCUUGGCUUCCUACUUUUUCUAUGGUGGAAACCGCGUCCAUAUUUUCUUCCUUAUUUUUGGGGUGGGAUUAUUAGACUGCUGCGUUCAAGUCUGCUUUACACCGCUGGAGGCUCUUUUGUCUGACUUGUACCAUGAUGACGAAGACUGUGGCCAAGCCUUCGCCAUGUUCUCCUUCAUGAUCAGCAUUGGCGGCUGUAUUGGCUAUCUGCUGACCUCUGUUAACUGGAAGUACACAUAUAUGUCUCUUUACCUCGGAGGGCAAGACGAGUGCCUGUUUUAUUUAUUAAUGCUAAUAUUUAUUGUAAGCACCCUUGUCACUAUGAAGACUCUGGAGCGACAGCCGGCCCUGGACCUCAAACCCUCCGUCACAUCAAAGUCCUUCAGCAGAGGAUGCUGUAUACCAAAAUGGAAGCUGCGAUCCUGGAAAUGCAACCCAGUCCUAUGCCUGCUGAGCCUCUGCUGGUCUGUCACCCCCAGGAUCUAUCAUAGUUACUGUCGUAUCCCUGCUGUCAUGAAACAGUUGUGUGCUGCUCAGCUGUGUAGCUGGAUGGCGGUCAUGUCUUUCAUGCUCUUCUACACAGACUUUGUCGGAGAGGGGUUAUAUAAAGGGAUUCCAAGUGCUGCACCAGGAACGGAAUCAAGAAACCGCUACGAUGAAGGAAUCCGUAUGGGAAGUCUCGGACUGUUCCUCCAGUGCGCGACCGCAACCUUAUUCUCCAUGAUCAUCAACAAACUGGCCAAACAAUUUGGGUCACGGAAAGUCUACCUGUCCAGCAUGAUCACCUUCACCUCCUCCGCCCUGGUCAUCUGCCUGUCCCAAAAUAUUGUCAUCGUCACCAUUAUGUCUUCGCUAACUGGAUUUGCUUACGCUACACUCCAGACACUUCCAUACACUUUAAUAUGUCUCUAUCAUAAGGAAAAAGAUGUUUUUAUGCCAAGGCCUGAAGUGCCACACACCCGCAGUGGAAAUAUCCUUACCAAAGAAGCGGUCUGCUUUUCACCCAACUUGCCUCACAGUCAUCAGAAUGGUACUUAUAAGCACAAAGAACCAGGGCACAAUAAAGAUGGCAGCUACCUUUCUCAAGAACUAGAGAUCUACGUCCAUUCCGAGGAGCACCAUCACUGCCCAAAAGACAACAAUAACCAGAGUCCCGAUGGCACGGGUGACCCUUGUAAAGAUGUUUACACCAAACGUGGCAUUGGCCUGGAUUUUGCCACACUCGACAGCACAUUCCUUCUUUCUCAGGUCUUCCCAUCCCUUUUCAUGGGGAUAUUGGUACAGCUAAUGGAAAAUGUCACUGUCUACAUUGCAUCAUCGGUCAUUUUUGGCGUUUUUGCCAUUUACCUGGCAAACCGCAUUGUUUUUGACCAAAAAGACAUGCGGACGUAACACGAUUGUAGUUGGGCAGAUGAGGUGUCAGUACCUUUUUGUUUACAUUGUUCGCGUUUACAAUAACUGAAGUUUCUCUGUAAUAUCCAGUCUGGCCAGUUGUUCCAACCAGGCUACCACAAGCGGUGCAAAAUACAGUGGUGUUGUACAAAGUUCAGUAACCAAUAGCAACCAAAAAUUUCUUCCCUAACUUUAGGUAACUGUAAUCUGGUUGCUAUGCGUUAAUGCACUUUUUUCACAUCAAUAUUGGUCUUCUCUGCUAUAUUUAAAGCAUGUUUCUGAACUCCUCCUCUGGCCCUUAGUCACCCAAACACCCACGCAACUAACCUCUCCAAACCCCUUCCCCCUUCCCCAAACCUGGAUUUUUUUUUUUCUCUUAACACUUUAUAGGCCCUCUUUCUCUUUUGAAUCUUCACCAAGCACUAGGCUUUCCUCAGUGAUGCAAAGAGCACUUCGACCUCUGCAUCAAUGUAUGUGAGUGCAGGGCACCAUGACCCCAUGUAUUCACCGGAAGUCUUCGGUCUUCCAAGUUUUAAAUAAUGCUGGGCGCUCUUCGAACCAGAAGACUGAGAACAUCUGGUGACAUCUGUGGAGAACAGCCCUGUAAAAGAGGAGAGAUCUGUAGCCAGAGCUUGCUUUUUUCACAUUUAGAGAGACCUUUUAAAAAAAAAUCGUUGCAUUUGAUACAGAGUAUUGUCUGAAGUAUAAAGGGAAAGAACCAUGCAUAAUUGUCAAUGUGUACGGUUCAAGAGUACCUGUCAACUGCAUAUUAAGGCAGCUUUUCUUUUCCUUGGCUUCCUCAUCCAUUGUCUCAUUCAGAAAAUGUUGACACCCAUUGUCUGUAGGAGACAGGUUAAUUUAUAAGGUGGGUAUGUCAUUUUAAGUAAAAUAAUAAACAUGGUAUACUCACCUGCUCUCUGCAAUGCUGUUGCUAAGAGCGACCCUGUACCUCCUCUUCUGGGGUCCCAAUGACUCCUGCUGCUGCCCAUUCCUUCUGUGAGAAAAGAAAGGGGAGAAAAACUACAGACAGGCAUAUUGCUGGAUCAAUACAGGAUGCAAGUACAUUUUUGGGGGAUGAGCAGGGGGGCACAGCCAGUGGUAAAUCGUUUCUUACCUUAGGGGUCAAUUCACACUGACUUGUAUGGAAAAUGCAUUUACGUUUCCUUACAUUUUAGGCACAUUUUAAAGCACGCUGAUGUCCGUUGACAUACAUUUUGAUGUCUGUUGGCAAGCAUGCGCAGCGUUAUGGUGUGAAUAGGACACAUUGGAAAUUAUUGUUUUUCAGCUGUCCUUCCUUUGAUCUGCAUUUGACAGCUGUGCUAAAACGCAGAUCAACACACUGGCGUGAAUUGGUCAUAAAUGCAGGGAAUGCAUUAAGGUAACAAAAAUGUUUUAGCUUUAGAACCAUGUUAACAAAAAUAAACGCUGACAGGUAAAUUAAAAGUUGGCAUCUAUAUAGAUACCUACGCUGACGGCAUCUUAGUGCCCCACUCUGGCUGAAUACUGGCCUGCUCUGAUUGGGCAAAGUGUCAAUCUUUACAAGUAGUGUAAAGAUUGACCCACCUCCCACAAAUUCUUUCAG